AUGGCUAGUCCACAUACUCGAUCAGUUCUUAAAGAUCUUAAAUUAAAAGAUGAUAAUAAUAUUUGUUUCGAAUGUGGAGCAUUAAAUCCACAAUGGGUAUCUGUUUCAUAUGGUAUUUUUAUUUGUCUUGAAUGUUCUGGUAAACAUCGUGGAUUAGGUGUUCAUUUAUCAUUUGUUCGUUCAAUAUCAAUGGAUAAAUGGAAAGAUAUUGAAUUAGAAAAAAUGAAAGUUGGUGGAAAUCGUCAAGCAAAAGAAUUCUUGUCUAAUCAAUCAGAUUAUAAUUCAAAUACAAUGAGUUUACAACAACGUUAUAAUUCACGUGCAGCUGCACUUUAUCGAGAUAAAAUAAAUACAGAAGCACAAGGUAAAACUUGGUCUAUAAAUUCUUCACCAGCAUUAAAUUAUACAUCGUCUUAUGAAUCUUUAUCUUCAAAAAAUUAUACUGAUAAAUCAUCCGAAAUAAAAAGAACUUCGUCAGAUUGGACAGAAUUUAAAUCAUCAGAACAACGAAAUGAUGAUUAUGAUAAUUAUCAAAAUAGUAAUUUUAAUGAACAAGAAUAUCCCUCUGAUCUUGAUAGUGGUCAUUCAAAAUAUUUUGGUUUUGAUAAUAAAAAUUAUACAGCAUCAUCUCAACGUAAAUCAUCAAAUCCUGAAUUAUUAGCAGCAUCAAUUUCAAAUAUGAGUGUUAAUGCUGCUAAAUGGGCAGGUGUUGCUAAAGAUUCUCUUUUUAAAUUUUCUAAAACAGCUGCUGAAAAAGCAACUGAAUUAACAACAAAAGCGAGCGAUCAAGCAAAAGAUCGAACAUUACUUACAAAUGUUCAAACAGGUGUAACGAAUAUAGCAUCAACAAUGGGUAAAUUAGGUACAAAAACAUGGUCGGAUAUGCAAUCAUUAUGGUCAGGAAAAAAUUAUCAUUUAAAUAAUCGAGAUGAUCAACGUUUACAUCAUAAUCAAAAUGAUUCAGAUAAUAACAAUUGGUCUUCUUUUGAUCCACAACCAUCAUCAACAGUAACAUCUGAUAAUAAUUUGAAUUAUCAAAAUACUUCUACUAGUUUAUCAAGUCAUUGUCAUGAACAAUCUAAAUCAAAUAGUAGUCUUCCAAUAUUUAAUCAUGAUCAAAGUUCUGAAUCGUGGUUUAAUGAUCCAACAAAGAUGAAAUCAACUUAUGUCAAUAUUCCACCCUCUUCUUCGAAAAAUAAUGAUCAUAUAAAUACAUCGGUUCUAGUAAAACCUAAAGAAGAGCCAGUAGCAAAUCUCAUUGAUUUUGAUGAUGAAAACUGA